GCUCGUUCUCGGGCGCGCGCGCGCCCAAGCGGCGCCUGCGCAGAGGGAGAAGGAAACGCGCUCCUCGGUGCGGUCCCGGCGCCUGCGCGUUGCAGGCUCCGGGGCCUCCCGGCCUGAGGGAGAGGAGCAGGGAAGAUGGCGGCUGUGGUGGAAAAUGUAGUGAAGCUCCUUGGGGAGCAGUACUACAAAGAUGCCAUGGAGCAGUGCCACAAUUACAAUGCCCGCCUCUGUGCUGAGCGCAGUGUGCGCCUGCCUUUCUUAGACUCACAGACCGGAGUAGCCCAGAGCAACUGUUACAUCUGGAUGGAAAAGCGACACCGGGGUCCAGGGUUGGCCUCUGGGCAACUGUACUCCUAUCCAGCCAGGCGCUGGCGGAAGAAACGCCGAGCCCACCCCCCAGAAGAUCCACGACUUUCUUUCCCAUCUAUUAAACCAGAGACAGAGCAGAGCCUGAAGAAGGAGGGUCUGAUCUCUCAGGAUGGCAGCAGUUUGGAGGCUUUGCUGCGCACCGACCCGCUAGAGAAGCGGGGUGCCCCAGACCCCCGUGUGGACGAUGACAGCCUGGGCGAGUUUCCUGUGACCAACAGUCGAGCACGCAAGCGGAUCCUAGAACCGGAUGACUUCAUGGAUGACCUUGAUGAUGAAGACUACGAGGAAGACACCCCCAAGCGUCGGGGCAAGGGAAAAGCCAAGAGUAAAGGUGUGAGCACUGCCCGUAAGAAGCUGGACGCUUCCAUUCUGGAGGAUCGGGACAAGCCCUAUGCCUGUGACAUUUGUGGAAAACGUUACAAGAACCGACCGGGCCUCAGUUACCACUAUGCCCACUCCCAUUUGGCUGAGGAGGAGGGUGAAGAUAAGGAAGACUCCCAACCACCCACCCCUGUCUCCCAGAGGUCCGAGGAGCAGAAAUCCAAAAAAGGCCCCGACGGAUUGGCCCUGCCCAACAACUACUGCGACUUCUGCUUGGGGGACUCGAAGAUCAACAAGAAGACGGGACAACCUGAGGAGCUGGUGUCCUGUUCUGACUGUGGCCGCUCAGGACACCCGUCUUGCCUUCAGUUCACCCCGGUGAUGAUGGCGGCCGUGAAGACCUACCGCUGGCAGUGCAUCGAGUGCAAGUGCUGCAACAUCUGCGGCACCUCCGAGAACGACGACCAGCUGCUCUUCUGUGAUGACUGUGAUCGUGGCUACCACAUGUACUGUCUUACCCCAUCCAUGUCCGAGCCUCCCGAAGGAAGCUGGAGUUGCCACUUGUGUCUGGACCUGUUGAAGGAGAAAGCGUCCAUCUACCAGAACCAGAACUCCUCUUGAUGCGGCCCCCACCCCCACAUCUAGGGCUGUUUUCUCUCUUCCUCUCGUUGUCAUACCCGUCCCUCCCCUGCAAUUGUUCACAAGUCCAGAGAAUCUCGGGGUGGUCAUGCCAACCUGCCUCCGGC